GGUCAACACCAAUUAUCUGCAAAACUUUGCAUAGGAAAAUCGAAUCAAAAUUGUUCAGAAAGUAACCUAUUCUGUUUCUUCACUCAUUCACACAACUAAAGCAAUGAGUCGCAAGCGAGACAGGCACUAUUUUUCCCGCCACGACGCCGCCUCCAAGCGCCGCCGCCCCUUGCCAGAGCCCGUGGAGGAGGAGAGGCCGGCGACGAGGCCGGCGCUGCCUUCCGCAGUGGUCGUGAUGGGCCUUCCUCAAGACUGCUCCGUCCUCGAUCUCAAGUCUCGCUUUGAGAUCUACGGCGCCAUCUCCCGCAUCCGCAUCGACCGCGACGCCGUCGGCUACAUUACCUACCGGUCAAAGGAAUCUGCCGACGCCGCCAUCGCCGCCGGUGUUGACCCCUCCUUCGGAAUCACCGUUAGCUCCAAAAAGGUUCAGGUGUUGUGGGCAACAGACCCUCUAGCCAUGUGGAGGGAAGGAGUUGGUAAUAGCAAGGAUAAAGGGCAUAUGUCAAAACUUGUUCGUGCUGAGGCACCUUUGAGCAAGCGUGGAAGAGGUAAUAGACUUGCUUCAGCUAUAGGGAACCCCAAACAUGGUGAAAAUAGCUCCCGUAGCCCAAUUUUAGAAGCGCCUUUCAAGGGCCGAGAAAUUGUUGCUUAUGAUGAUAUCCUCUAACUAUCAAAAUAUGUUCUUUUAGAGCCUUAUCUUAUUAUGUAUCAAUGAUUUGAGUAUGGCAUUUAGAUCCUUGUUUUUUUUGUUAAGUAUGUUCUCAGUUGCCGAGCUUCUAGGAAGUAACUUGUGGAAUUGUUUGUGAUGUUUAAAAAAUACAUGGUAAAUGUGAUGUAAAUAGUUGGUUUUACAUUGUCAUAUCUUAUCCAUACAGUUGUUUAUA